UCGGCGCGGACGGUUGCUCUGGGUGAAGUGAAACAGCAUCGAAUUCACAAGAAAUCAUUUUCUCCCCCCAAAAUCGACCCGACCUCCCCCUUUUCCCUCACCCAUGGCGUCCAGCUCCGACAUAGACAUUGAGGGUGCGACCCAGCACCUCCGGGACAUUCUGAAACUCGACCGACCCGGGAACAGCGCCGAUUCGCAGUCAGGUGACGGUCAGAGGAAACCCUCCUUCAAUGGAGAGCUGAAUGGGUUAUUGGGAGUGCUGGGAAACACCGACAGGUCGACCAUGUCUGAGUCCUCCAGGCCCAUCUCCACAGAUCUCAGCAGUGCUCAGGAGAUUCAGAUAAUCCGCCUCUCCGGAGACGACGGCUCCACCUGUAUUCCCAUCACUUCCAACAACGUGGAGAUCGUGGCCAGUCAAGACUCCGCCAUCAACAGCAAGGCUCGAGGCAGCAACAAGGUGAAGAUUCAGCCUGUUGCAAAGUUCGACUGGGAGCACAAGUAUUAUUACGGCAGACUGAUCGCGGUGUCCAACGCCUUCCUGGCUUACGCCAUCAGAGGAGCCGCCAACAAUGCGAUGAUCCGAGUCCUAAGCGACAAUUUAGUCGAGCGCACACUGCUGAAGGGAUUCACCGGUGGCGUCACAGACCUGGCGUUCGCCCACCUCGACUCCUCCCUGCUGGGCUGUGUGGACGAGGCGGGCAACCUGAUGGUGUGGCAGCUCACCUGCACAGGCAGCAAGAUACUAGAGCAGAUUGUGGUUCACAUCCAGCGGCCAGAAGACACUCCACUGAACUCACACCGCCGCCUCAUCUGGUGUCCGUUCAUCCUGGACGACAAUGAGGAGAACCAAGACGACACCAGCCAGACUCUGGCUCUCCUCCAUGAAGACAGGGCGGAGGUGUGGGACCUGGAGGUCCUGAGAGCCAACAACAGCAGCUGGCCUGUCGACGCCACAGAGCUGAAAGAAGGCCUCAUCACAAUCAAAGGACACACCCAGAGGGUCAGUGAAGGCGCCCUUUCUCCUGAUGGGACAGUGUUAGCCACCGCCAGCCAUGACGGAUACAUCAAGUUCUGGCAGAUCUACAUCGAAGGGGGGCAAGACAAGCCCAGGUGUCUUCAUGAGUUGCGGCCUCAUGGAGGACAUCCCCUCUCCUGCCUCCUGUUCUGCGACAACCACAAGCGGCAGGAUCCCGACGUUCCUUUCUGGAGGUUCCUGAUAACUGGAGCAGAUCAGAACCACGAGUUAAAGCUAUGGUGCACCGUUUCCUGGACCUGUUUACAGACCAUCAGGUUUUCUCCUGAUCCGUUCAACUCGAUCACCCCGACUCUCAAAGCCUGUCUGGACCUUUCUGCUGAAUAUCUGAUCCUCACCGACGUACAGAGGAAGGUUCUGUACGUGAUGGAGCUGCGACAGGACCUGGAGAAAGAGGUGGCGAGCUUCACUGCCGUGUCCGAGUUCCUGCUCACCCACCCGAUGCUCAGUUUCGGGGUCCGCAACGUGAGCCAGAGCCGGCUGCGGCACACCGAGGUCCUCCCUGCGGAGGAGGAGAGCGAGAGCAUGACCACAGAGGGCACUCAAGGACCGACGGAAUCCAAGUCUGGCAUCCAAAUUAAACUCUACUGUGUCCACACCAAGAGUCUGCAGGAUGUCCAGAUCUGGUUUCAGCCUCAUGCAGGUUCCAGCUCUGCAGGCUUUCUUCCCCACUCUGACUCUCAAGAAAACUUUGCCGGGUUUUCAGACCAUCUCACAGACCAGAGCUCUGACAAGGAGUCGGGAAGCGGCUCCCAGACCGACCUGAGGAAGAUCCCAUCGCUUCCUCCCCCGUCUGAUUUCCUGUCCGGCUCGGGCUCCGGCGGCGGCACCAUCCCCAAACUGAUGACCCCCGAUGCCUUCAUGACACCUAGCACUUCGGUACCCGCAUCUCCAGGCAGCAGCGCCAGCAGUCUGACCAUCGUGACGGCCAUCAGCAGCAACUCUGACUCCACGAACAGAGCCAUGGACGACGUCAGUCAGAGUCCAAACAGAGCGGACAACAGCAGCAGCAGCCUGGCGCUCUCCGGCUCCACCAGCAGCCCGAGAGCCGUUUCUGCCAUGCUGCUGCCUGGACUCGAUAACUUACAGUCCCUGUCGUCCCCCAGUGGUCCUCUGGCACUCGACAACCCUCAGGGUCUUGACCCUCCUCUCCUGCCGCCUCUGGCGUCCCCGACCCGAGCCCGCUCGCCCGACGUCAUCUCCUCCGCCUCCACGGCCAUGUCCCAGGACAUGCCCGAGAUCGCGUCCCAGACUCUGCAGCUGCAGCGCGGCCUGAUGGCCAGCUUAGAGCCGUUGCCGCUCUCUGCCCUCCAGACAGACAGCAUGGCGUCUGCCGCCUCUGCCCUGCACAUGCUGACCUCGCCGCGCGCCGCCAACAACAACAGCAGCCUGUCGCCUCUGGAGCUGGGUGGGGCAGAAGGUCCAGGCGGUGGAUCAGGGGAGUCAGAACCCCGACUCAGCCACACCCCAUCUCUGCUGGAGAACGCACUGUCGCAGGACAACGGCGGGGCGGGAGGAGGUUCCUCGGAUGUGGGGGUCACCCUCACGCCUUGGCCCGCUGCCCCGGACAUCACCAGGGAGACCAGGAACAGCCUGAGGGACAACGGCCUCAGCGACUGUUCCAGGGACGAGUCGAAGGACAGGCACUUGAGCUCCCCUUACCACCGACGCUCCUAUCACCUGGCGCAGAACGACAGCCCGGAUGCUGCGGCGGAGCAGAGCGACCCCGACGAGGAGGUGGCCAGUUUGGCUUCGUCGUCCGGAAACUGCGGCUCACGCUCUUCGCACAGAUUACCUGUGAAGGACUGGAAGGCUUCACCGCGAGGCUCUCCAAAACUAAAGAGGAAGCACAAGAAGGAUGACGGUGAAUCAUCUCAGUCCAGACAAAUGGAUUCUGCUUCGUUCAGUGCAGAGGCUCAGGAAGAGCUGCUGAUGUUGCUGCGCAGCCAGCAGAGGGAGUUAACGGAGCUGCGCGGACAGAUCGAGACCAUGCAGAGCUCCAUUAUGUCUCAGGUAGAGCACGUCCUGGCAAACCACCAGGAACAGGAACACCGCAGAAUGGAGCGGAUGCUGGCGGAGAGUCAGAACCACGAGCAGCUCGGCCACGCCCUCAGCGCGGCGCUCAGCAGCAGAUUGGACAAAGUGCUGCGGGAGGAGAUCAAGAAGACCGUACCGCAAACCGUCUCUAAAAGUCUGGAGCCGGCGACGGGCCAGCUGAACAACACCAUCGCUGCUAAACUGAACUCCGUGGAGGUCAACCUCAAGGACAACAUUGGCAAGAUGGUCAAGUCCAAGAACACGACAGACGCGAUCGGCCGAGCAGCGGCCGAGGCGAUGCAGGGACCGAUCCUGGCAGCCUACAAAGACGCCUUCCAGAGCAUCGUGCUGCCGGUGUUCGAGAGAGGCUGCCAGUCCAUGUUUCAGCAGAUCAACGACAGCUUCAAGCAAGGCACACAAGAAUACAUCCAGCAGCUGGAGACCCACAUGAAGAGCAGGAAGCAGCGAGAGCAGGAGGCGCGGGAUCCUGUGCUCGGGCAGCUCCAGCAGAUGAUCGACGGCUUCCAGAGCUCCACCGACCAGCUGGCCAACAACAUCACAGCCAACGUGCGGGCCGAGGUGCAGCACCAGGUCCAGAUGAUGGUGGGGAACAUGCAGGAGUCCAUCCUCAGCCACGUGCAGCGGAUUGUCAAAGGGGAGGUGAGCCUGGCCAUGAAGGAGCAGCAGGCGGUGGUCACCUCCAGCAUCAUGCAGGCCAUGAGGUCGGCGGCGGGCACGCCGGUCCCCACGGCGCACCUCGACUACCAGGCGCAGCAGGCCAACAUCCUGCAGCUCCUGCAGCAAGGACAGCUCAACCAGGCCUUCCAGCAGGCUCUGUCAGCGACCGAUCUGAACCUGGUCCUGUAUGUGUGCGAGACCAUCGACUCCCAGCAGGUGUUCGGUCAGCACCCCUGCCCUCUGAGCCAGCCCGUGCUGCUGUCGCUCAUCCAGCAGCUCUCCUCCAACCUGGCAACCCGCUCCGAGCUCAAGAUCAGCUACCUGGAGGACGCCGUCAUGAACCUGGACCACAGCGACCCCCUGACCCGAGACCACAUGGCGUCGGUGCUGGCCCAGGUCAGACCCAAGCUGAUCGCCUACCUGCAGCAGGACCCCCACAGUCCGCUGAGCAAGAGGGCGCGGCGCCUCGUCAUGAUGCUGCAGGGACUCGUCAACCACUAGUCCCCCCUCCCCCCUCCCCUUUCCCUCCUGCACCAGUUGAAGUGUCAAGUUCAGAAAAUAGACCGUUUUUUUGUAGCUCUGUUGUUUUUCUCCCCCUGCGAGACAGCAAUGGUCUGGACAGUUUGUUGUUGAUUUCUGUUGAAGAGACUCUGAAGUUCACUGUAGAUACUUCCAGACCUUCGUUACUGCUGCUUUUUUUUUUUUUUCCUCCCCCUCCUCCCUCCUGAAAAACACUCUGGUCGUCCUUUCCCAUCCAGAAGCAAAAGACUGUCUGAGACCCGACAGCCGGGGAGGUUUUGAUGAAUCUGGCCGCCGCCUUUCUCUACAUACACACAAACACACACACACUCCUCCGAUGUCUUUCAAACGUGGAGAAGACUACACGAAUGUUUUGGCCUCUCUUUUUCCCGCUGUGCUCCUGCAACUCGGCGUGUUUUCAGGACGCCGAGGCAGAAAUCACGUAGAGAGAAACACCUCAGACACGACGCCCUGCAUCUUGGCCUUAAAAAUCAAAACACCACGCUGGGACUCAUUAUUAUUAUUAUUGAUAUUGAUAUUGUGUUUCCAGCACGCUGGAAUUUAGUAGUCACAGGAUUUGGCUCCUCUCAGUUCGUUUUUCAAGCUGAUCCAGGCAACCAAGAACUAUGUAACACCCGAAGCCAGGCUGAUGCUGGUGGCUUGUUUGGCUUUCAGUUAUUUCCUAAUGGUAAAAAAUAAUGUGGCGUUUUUUCAUCAGGUCGACGCCAGACGCUGAUACCUCACUCUGAUUUCUCCGCCUGGCCUCUAGAGCUGUUUUAACGAGGGUUCUUUUUUUUUUUUCUUUCCUUGAAAGAAUAUAAGAUUUAUGUAAGAAAUUGAAAGCUUUGGGAGCAUUGUUAGUUUACACGGAGAUCCUCAUUUCUGAAGAGAAAACUUCUGAACCCAAACAGCGAAGCUGGCAGCCGUCCACGUGUACAAAGCUCUUAUCGGACCUCCUCAUGUUGUCCCUCCUCCUUUUUUUUUUUUUUUUGUUUUGUUUUUAUAUACACAUUAGUAUUUGUAAGCCAUGUAGACCUGCUUUAAAGGAAACACACCUCCGACACUUUACUAGUUCCCGUUGCUGUUGGUUUUUGACCGUGCGGUUUCUUCUCUUGGCCUGUAGGAGGCAGCACCUGGUCGGUGUGCAGGCGUUCAUCCUGCUUUAGGUUUUUUUGAAUUCAUUCCUGCUCAGACUGCAUCUGUUCCACCAAAUCAGUGAAAAAGGAAAAAGAAAAGAAAAAAAAAGAGGCCUGCCUUUAGGUUGUUUGUCUUUCAGAGUGUGUGAGGCUGUUUCUUUACAGGGUGACUGCACUGUUCUUUUUGCAGAUUGUAAAAUACAACUUGAGUUACCCCCCCCCCCCCCACCUCCCCAAACUCCCCCUCCUUCGUGUGUUUAACCUCUUCCUCACUUCAGAUUCGUCUAGCAAGUGCCUUACUGUACUGUCUCAAGCGUUUAACACUUUUUACAAGCAUUUCCAGUUGGUUUGUGAGGAGAAACGUGCAGGCGGCUGACUUCAGCCUCUCAGACCAGAGAGACGUACUGUUCUGAGCGCCGAUACCGAAGCUGGCUCUGUUCCCUCCGUCGUGUUCGUCUCCCCUCUCUGCUCGGACGAUUGUGUUGUAUCUUAUACAGUUUCUUUUACCCUCGACAUUUUUGGAAUAAAAG